AUGCCGCCGACAGAAUCAAACGACGUGUUAAUAAAUACUAAUAAUGUAGGUAACCACAUCUCCGGCUUUAGACAACGGAGUUAUCAAAGACGAAUUUUUGCAUAUCUCGACUCCCGAGAAGAAGAAGAUCGUUUGGCCGUAGAUACUAUUUUAGAUGUACAGACCGAAGACCCCAACAAUAUAGAAUAUGAAAAUAUAAUGACGUUUGCAUCACCGACGGCCAUAGAAACAACGUUGUCGGCACCGGAUCAACUCGUAGGGACGGCGACAGCGGUGGUAGCGGCGGAACCGGAUACAAGCGAUAAUAUUGUUUUGGACAGAUUUUGCACUGACCAUGUUCCAUCGUACGAUAGGACCGAGUACUUGGAUAAAAUAUUGAGUGCCGAUUACCGGGAAAUCAAAGAAGAUGUUCUAGCGGAUUUCGAAUCAUAUCGUAUGCCGCCGACAGAAUCAAACGACGUGUUGAUAAACACUAAUAAUGAAUUUUGGACAAAUUUUGGCACAAACGGCCCGAUUACCACGUUGGCUAAAAGUUAUAACGGCGAUACCGAGGACGGUGAAGAUACUAGCCAGGGGCGGACUGGGGCAACUAUUCAGCUCGGGAAAUCUAUAUUUUGA